GGCAAAGACCCAUCAAUUUGUUUCUGCUGUGGUUGAUGACUGACGUCGAUUCGCACCUGGUGGUUUGAAAUUCCUGUCGGUUACCUGUGGUUCGCUAAUUGGUGAAGCUGGGCAAUAUGGCGAACAGUAAUCUGAGAUUCACCGGGAUAUUUCACUUGCAUUUGUUUUGGAUUCCCUUGAUGCUGGGGUAUGGGAUAACACUGGUGGCAGAAGGAACUGAAACCUGGAUAGCUCCUGAAUAUUGCAUGAAGGACCUUCCUGCAAAUGUGGCCAACGUCUCAGUCCCCAGCAAAUUGAUGUGUUCUCUCCACGCAAGCAAAUCAAGGUCGACGAUGUUUGUUUACCAAAGUAAGACUUGUUCCACAUACGACGGCCUCAAUGAAGCUGCCUAUUCGACUCCGGUAUUCGCCAGGAAAACUUCUCCCGCUCUGUUGGAGGAAGUCGCCAGUGGAAGGAACACCUUUACUAGUCAGCAGUGUCUGAACCAUGUAAAAGAAAAUGCAGUCGACGGAAACAUAACAACCUUAUACCACUCUGAGGGUCAAGUAAACCCUUUCUGGACAGUCGAUUUGGGAGAAGUCCGGAACGUAUCCCUGGUCAGGAUCCUUCCUAAUGGCAACCAGUUCAACAACAUUGAGAUACGCCUUGGCAGGGACAAUCUGACAACGGGGGACUUCUCGUCCUACGCCUUGCUGGCCAGAUACACCGGUCCUUACACAUUGUCUAAUGAGUACCUGGCCUGCCACUCACGAGGGGUCCUUGGAAGAUAUCUCAGUAUCCAGAAGGUUCCACCAGGCACUACUUACUUGGGGUUGCUGGAGGUGGAGGUGUACGCCAUGAAGAGGCCUUGAAAUAUCAAUAUUAUAGUCAAAAUUAUCUUCUUUUUCUUCUCUCUGAAAAUGUUACAAGAUAAAAGGACACAAUCAUGGCGAU